UGCAACUUCUGAUACAGGAUCUCCUGGUUCUUAAUACCUGAGUAGCUUCCACUGCAGCAAAUCACAUAACCAUGGUUUGGGGUGACAUACCUAGCUUAAAAGAUAACCACUCUUCAUUGUGCUCUUCAACCAUGGAAGAAUUGGAAGUGGAUAUUGACUCUGGACUGGAGGAAGAUGACAUGAAUCAUGACAGCCUUUCUGAAGAUUCCACCAUCUUCGUAGCUUUUAAAGGGAAUAUAGAUGAUGAUGACUUCAAACAAAAAUUGGGCAUCAUAUUGCAUGAUGUGCCCAGCAUUUUACACAUGGAUUCUAACAAGUUAAAAUUGAGGAAGGUAGAACCCUGGAACAGCGUACGUGUCACAUUCAAUAUUCCUCGUGAAGCAGCUGAACGACUACGAAUGCUGGCUCAAAAUAACAAUCAACAGCUUAGAGAUCUGGGGAUUCUCUCGGUUCAGAUUGAAGGUGAAGGGGCUAUCAAUUUAGCAUUAGCUCAAAACAGAGGACAAGAGGUGAGGAUUAAUGGGCCUGUUGGGCCAGGCAAUUCCGUACGAAUGGAGACAGGAUUUCCCAUGCAAAGUAACCAAGGGUUAAUAAGAUUAAAUAAUCCAGCAACUGUCAUGAUGCAGCACAGUGGAAAUGUCACUUCACCUAUGAUGACAAGCACAGCUAACACUGAGCUGCAGCCCAGGACACCUCGGCCGGCCUCUCAGUCAGAUGCUGUCGACCCACUGUUAUCAGGGCUGACUAUCCAGCAGCAGAAUCAUCCGUCCGGAUCGGUAAUGCCUCAGCUCCAUUCUGCGCAGUCAGUUCCCGUUAACCGGCAAAUAGGCCCAGCCACCUUCCAACAGAUGCCGCCACAGCAGCAACUGCAGCCACGCCCCCCGCAGCAGCACCAGCAACCACAACAGGGUAUUCGCCCUUCAUUUACAACCCCAGGUCAGGUUCCAGUUCCUCCUGCUUGGAACCAGGUACCUUCUGGAACAGUUCAAUCCACUCCAUCCCAAGGAACAAUGGGCACACUUACAGUUAACCAGGGGUGGAAAAAGACCCCCUUGCCUGGACAAAUGCAGCAGCAACUCCAAGCAAGACCGUCUUUAGCAACAGUACAAACACCCUCCCACCCCCCACCUCCAUAUCCUUUUGGAAGCCAACAAGCUUCUCAGGCACAUACAAACUUUCCUCAGAUGAGCAGCUCUGGCCAAUUUACUGCUCCUCAGAUGAAGAACCUUCAGGGAGGACCCUCACGGGUCCCUACACCACUACAGCAACCCCACCUGACCAACAAGUCUCCUGCCUCUUCUCCUUCCUCCUUUCAGCAGGGAUCUCCUGCAUCCUCCCCAACAGUUAACCAAGCACAGCAGCAAAUGGGACCAAGGCCUCCCCAGAACAAUGCCCUCCCUCAAGGGUUUCAGCAGCCUGUAAAUUCUCCUGGCCGUAAUCCUAUGGUGCAGCAGGGAACUGUGCCUCCUAACUUCAUGGUCAUGCAACAGCAAAACCAGGGUCCACAGGGUUUACAUCCUGGGUUAGGAGGAAUGCCCAAGCGUCUCCCACCUGGCUUUCCUGCAGGACAGACAAACCAGAACUUCAUGCAAAGUCCAGUGCCUUCUACAGCACCAGGAACACCUGCUAACAGUGGAACAUCUCAACUACAAACAAGUCAGAGUGUACAACAUACAGGUGGUCAAGGAAAUGGUCCUUCCCAAAGUCAGAUGCAAGUUCAACAUGGCCCACCGAAUAUGAUGCAGACCAAUUUAAUGGGACUUCAUGGAAAUAUAAGCAACCAGCAGAUAGGCUCCAGUGGCGUUCCACAAGUAAAUUUGGGCAACAUGCAAGGACAGCCUCCACAAGGACCACAAUCGCAGCUCAUGGGGAUGCACCAACAAGUAGUGUCCUCCCAAGGACAGAUGGUGAACAUUCAGCCUCAGGGAUCUCUAAAUCCGCAAAACCAGAUGAUACUUUCUCGAGCUCAGCUCAUGCCACAGGGCCAGAUGAUGGUAGCACCUCAAAACCAAAAUCUCGGUCCAGUGCAACAAAGGAUGACCCCACCCAAACAGAUGAUUCCCCAGCAAGGACAGCAAAUGAUGGCUGCACACAAUCAGAUGAUGGGACCCCAAGGCCAGGUGCUGUUGCCCCAAAACUCUAUGAUGGAGCAGAUGAUGACCAAUCAGAUGCAAGGAAAUAAACAACAAUUUAAUGCUCAAAGCCAGUCUAAUGUCAUGACGGGGCCAGCUCAAAUAAUGAGAGGACCAACUCCCAAUAUGCAAGGAAACAUGGUGCAAUUCACAGGGCAGAUGAUGACCCAGCAAGGCCCCGGGAAUGGCAAUCCUUCUCAGGUUAUGGGGAUUCAAGGACAAGUUCUGAGGCCGACAGGCCCUAAUCCUCACAUGUCUCAGCAACUGGGUGAUACUACCACUACAACAGGCAGUGAUGUAAACUUGACACAAAUGCUACCUGAUGUUUCCAUGCAGCAAGGAAACAUGGUGCCACCCCACUUGCAGGGGAUGCAAGGAAACAGCAAUGCACCGGGGGGCCAUUUUGCUGGACAUGGAAUGUCUUUUAGUGCUCCUUUUGGUGGAUCACAAAAUGGAAAUCAGAUUUCCUGUGGGCAGAAUCCAAGUUUUCCUGUCAACAAAGAUGUUACACUAACAAGCCCAUUAUUGGUAAAUUUGCUACAAAGUGAUAUAUCUGCAGGACAUUUUGGUGUAAGCAGCAAACCGAACAAUCAAAAUGCCAAUAAGCCCAAGAAGAAAAAACCUCCAAGGAAGAAGAAAAAUAAUCAGCAAGUAGAACAAAUUAAUGCCUCAGAUUCACGCCCAGCUGGUCUGGAAGAGGCAGAUCAGCCAUCGGUGCCAGGAGAGCAAGGUAUAAAUAUGGAUAACACUGGACAUAAACUUGCAGACUUCGCAAACAGACCACCAGGCUACCCAUCACAGUCGAUGGAACAAAGAUCCCUUCAGCAAAUCCCACCUCAGCUUUUACAACAUGGGCAGCAGCAGCAGCAACCUACACCAACACCUCAGCAGACGCAAUCCCAACAGCAACAGCAACAACAACAGAUGAUGAUGAUGCUUAUGAUGCAACAGGACCCUAAAUCUGCCAGACUUCCUAUUCAUCAAGGUGUCCAUCAACCUAGGGGCCCUCUGAAUGUAGAGACUCAAAGAAUGCCGAUGCAGCCAGGGGGCAACAUGUCAGUUAUGGUUAGUCUGCAAGGUCCUGGUGCAGUGCCUCCAUCUCCUGACAAGCAAAGACUUCCUAUGCCAAACAAUCCUUCUCUAGUGAAUACUGCGCGAAAGAUAGUUUACCAAGAUAAUGCACAAAACCCUACUAGUUCUCCACUGGGAGAAGUUCCAUUGGUACCCUCUAUUGCAGAAGGAAAUGGGUCUGAAGCCCCUCCAGCAUCAGGGACUCAGAGUAAUAUUGCAUCCCAUAUAGUGGUUUCACAAAACCAAUUGAUGAUGGCAGGGCCAAAACCUGGACCUUCUCCAUUGUCAGCUUCCCAAGGUGCAAGUCCUCAACAGCAGCCUAAUUCUCUUCCUGGUCCUCACCCCCACCAUUUUCAAAAUGUUGCUACUACAUCACAAACAUCACGACCCAAAACACCAAACAGGGCAAGUCCAAGACCGUACUAUCCUCAGACUCCCAAUAAUCGCCCCCCAAGCACAGAGCCAUCAGAAAUAAGUUUAUCCCCAGAGAGGCUCAAUGCUUCUAUUGCAGGUCUCUUUCCUCCUCAGAUUAAUAUUCCUUUGCCUCCUAGGCCUAAUCUUAAUAGAGGGUUUGAUCAGCAGGGUCUUAAUCCAACCACUUUGAAGGCCAUUGGGCAAGCACCAUCAAAUCUCACCAUGAACAAUCAGUCAAAUUUUGUCUCCCCACAAACACACAAGUUGGAUCCUAUGGCUAUUAAUUCAGGAAAGCAAACCAAUACUGGAGGAGCAAAGCGUGCCAGUCCAAGCAACAGUAGAAGGUCCAGUCCUGGGUCAAGUAGGAAAACCACACCAAGCCCUGGAAGGCAAAAUUCAAAAGCAACUAAAUUAGCUUUGACACCUCAGCAGAAUCCAGCGCUCAUGCAUAACAUGGACUUACAGAGAAGUAUAAUGGUUGGCCCUUCUCCUUUGCAAAUGCCCAUGCCUGGAAGUUUUCAAAAUAAUGGAAUGUUGACUGUUCAGAACCCUGCAAUACCUGUAUCUGUUAUGAGUGGUAUUCCUGAGGAUAACCACAAAGAGAGCUUCAGUGGCCCUCAAGACAGUGCAUGUCCAAGUACGCAAGCUGCCCAAAUGAACAGAGAUCAACGCAGCAUUGAGCUGAAAGGUGUUUCAAGCCAAGAAAUCAAAAUCCUAGUCCAUGAAGAGCAACAGAAAAGAGAGACCACUUCUGUAGAAGCCAACAAGCUUCCCAGCCGGGAAGAAAACAAGAGUAUUCUAUCUCCAGCUAUGCGUGAGGCACCAACAUCCUUAAGUCAACUUCUUGACCAUUCUGGAGCUCCUAAUGUAACCAUUAAGCCUCCAGGUCUCCCUGGUCUUGAAGUGCCUCCAACAGUGACUUGUGCAGAGGAAUUUAAAAAAAUUACUGCCAUUCCUCCUCCUCCUCCUCAGCAGGAUCCCUCUUCUACCAAAGAUCCUGCUUGUUCCCUAACCUUACCUCCAAGCACUGAAACCUGUUCAACUCAAAUGCAGCAAGAUGUAGGAGACAUAAACUCAAAUGUUUCUCAGAAUAUUCCCCCAGUAAUUCAGAGGUCCGUUAGCUCCGCUGCUAUUUCCACAUCACUCCCACCCAAUCAGAUAACUGUAUUUGUAACUUCCAACCCUAUCACAUCAGCUUCUAAUUCAUCAGCAUUGCCUUCUCAUUUACAGCCUACAUUAAUGUCUACUGUUGUCACCAUGCCUAAUGUGGGUAAUAAAGUCAUAGCUUCUGAAGGACAAACAACCGUUCAGUCUAAUGCUCGACCUCAGUUCAUUACUCCCGUUUUUAUAAAUUCAUCCUCAAUAAUUCAGGUAAUGAAAGGGUCUCAGCCAAGUACAAUUCCUGCAACCCCAAUGACUUCUAAUUCUAAUUUAAUGCCACAGUCUGUUGCAGUUGUUGGUCCUUUGCAUUUAUCCCAAAAUAUAAAGUUCUCGUCUGGGCCUGCACCACCUACCGCAUCAUCUAAUACGCCUAUCUCAAGCAUGCCAACCAGCCGGUCAUUGGUUAUUAAUUCACUAGCAACUCCUGUUCAGCUUCCCUCUUCUCCAUCAACGGUUCCUUCAAAUACUUCUUUGCAUCCUCCUAUUCAACAAGUCAAAGAUUUCAACCCAGAGGAGAUGAGUUCUCAAACUUGUGCCUCUGUUGACCCAUGCUCUGUUGCAGCCACACAGUCUGGAGCUGUGGUUUCCCCUCCUCGUGCACUUAGCCCCGGAUCUUCUAUCAAUAGACGAAGUCCAGUUUCAUCUACUAAGGGAAAGGGGAAGGUGGACAGAAUUGGCCAAUUUUUGCUAACAAAAGCAUGUAAGAAAGUCACGGAUGGCUUUGAGAAAGGGGAAGAACAAUAUGGUGUGGAGGGAGAAGUGGAAGGCCAGGAAGUAGAUGUUCCAACUCCUAACAGUUUGGAAGGGGAGCAGUUGCCUGUAGAACUGGAAGGUAACCCUGUGGCACCUCUAGCACCUGUUCUCUUGAAACAAAGCACUUCUGGGAUUGGCCAUUUGAAUAUUGGUACUGCUGCUACUGUUUCUGCCUCAGUAUCUCUUAGCUUACCUGGCAGCGCUCCUUCCACAAACGUACUCUCCGUAGUAAGCACUCCAGUGAUUUCUAAUGUCAUACCGACAAAUCCAAGCACUAAUGGUAACCCUGGCACUUUGCCUGCAGAGCAGGUUGGAAUUGGACCGAAUGAUGAGAGAGCAGAAACGCAUCCUGAAUUAUCACAGAAUAUAGCAUCUUCAACCCAGACUCCAGUUUCAACAUCAGAGAGUGCUGCUCAAAGAACAGAUUUGGAAGCGAAUUGUGCAGUUAUCACUGGCGUUAUAAAUGAGCCAAAAGAGACUUGUGAGAAGUCUAAAACUCCGAGCAGAAGAAAUUCAAGAACAGAGGACUCUGCUGCAGUGCAGGAGGCCGUAGAGAAUGGUCAGCGCAAGAGGUCCUCCAGACCAGCAUCGGCAUCCAGCUCUGCAAAAGAAACAAAUGCCAAUGCUAUGCAGUCAAAAAGAAGAAAAUCCAAGUGAAUAACUGAGUGGAUAUGCAAGGCUUGUAAAUGUGUGAAUGUUAUCAGUUUAGCAGUUCUGAGUUGUGAUUUCUCACUAUAGUAAAAACAAAACCCUAAUA